AUGGCUAAGAGAAGCCAGUCAAAUCACAGCGAGAAAGAUGAUCCCUCUGAUGAUUGCGACGAUCCGUCCACAAACAAGGAAAUGUUUCGACGGGCGACAGUCUACGACGCCGUGGCGGGUAAACUUGGACCGAAUGGAUUUCUAUCCCACGAAAAGGUGACCAGUAGCCAGCUUCCUAGUGGUCCUGAGGAAUAUCUUUUACGGCGAACGAACAUUUCUAGCGAGCUGCUCGAGAAAUCUUACGCGGCUGUAGAAGAUGCAAUCUCCAGUGGCAAGUUGCCAGACUCAGACAUGCUCAAGGCUGUCCACGCAUACGCAUCUGAUUUCUAUUCAUCAGCUCUUGGUCAAGGCAAAGAGAAAACCAACAGUCAGUCCCUCGAUGAGACCGCAUUGAUUGCUGUAGGCAUCCUACUUGAGGAGGCAGUGAGGGAAGCCCUAGGGGAGAAUGGAGACAUGGUGUUCGUGGAACCAGACGGGCUCGAGCAGGGGCUGGGAGAGAGUAAAAUGACCAAACAUCAGAUUAAAGGGAGAGUCAAACCUUCCAAACCAAUUUCGGGCCCAUCAGCAUCAGACGAGGAUAGCGUGGUCGAAGAAGCAUCUCCAGCAAAAAGGCGCAGACUGUAA